AUGGAAAGUGGAAGUAAUUUGCCUAGUCCAGGCAAUUAUCCAGGUGGGAAUCGGCAACAAUUUUGUGUAUCAUGGAAUUCUCACCAGUCAAACAUGCACAGUGCUUUUCCAAAGCUAUUGAGCUCAGAACAAUUCGUCGAUGUUACUUUAGCUUGUGAUGGUGGUUCUAUCAAAUGUCAUAAAGUGGUAUUAUCUGCCUGUAGCGAUUAUUUAGAACGCUUAUUGCUAGAAAUACCAUGUACUCAUCCUAUUAUUUUUCUGAGAGAUAUGAGAAUGUGGGAACUUCAAGCAUUGGUCGAGUUUAUGUACCGUGGUGAAGUAUACGUAGAACAACAACAGCUUGCAAAAUUGAUGCAAGCUGCAGAAGUCCUGCAGGUUCGUGGCUUAUCGACUCAGGGAAGUGAUAGCUCUUCAAUCGAGAGUAAUUCACAACAAUGUGAUUCUAAUCCACCUAUCACUCCAUCAACGCCAACUCAACAAGAUGUACCUCAUUUCAAAUCCGAUGACACUCAAUCUAACGAUGAAGGCAGCUCAAGCUUUUUGGAGCCUACCUCAGUUGCUGGAUCUAGUACAGGAAAUGUUCCAUCUCAUAAUAAUACUCCAACUUCGCAAAAUCCAAACUCAUCCAAUUUUAUGGAACAUAGUGAAGCAUUACAACAUUUGGAAAAGGCUCUUAGCGCUUGCGAAGCUACUCUAACAGAAACUCAGGGGAUGGUUAAAAUGGAACCAGAUGAACAAUUUUCUCAACAGCAAGAUGUCAAGCCUUAUUCUAUCACUAUGGUACGAAAUAGUAACUGCAAUCCCAGCAGUCCAUUUCCUGCUAUAGAAGGUUAUCAAAGACGGCAAAGACGUUCAGAAGAAGAACUUAAACAAGCUUCAGAUAUGGUUGCACGUGGCAUGACAUUUCAGGUGGCAUCAGAAAAAUAUAAUAUACCUAUCAGUACGAUUCGUUUCUAUAUGGUUAGGAAGGGAAUUUUACAAAGGCGAAAGCGUGGACGUGGUUCCAGCAAUCUUGGAGUAAACAGUCAACCUGAAAGUCCUGCAAGCCCACCAUUUCAUAUGAUAAACUACCGUUUGCCAGACAGCCUAAAUUCCAGCCUACCGUAG